CUGUGACGGUUGGCGGAGUGCGGAGGUAUGCAGGCCAAAAUGCAGAUACUUGUCAGACGUAAUGGGAGGAUUUUCAUGGCUCUUUGUGUAAUCCUCUUUAUGGGAUGCACAGUACAAGGUGUUCCUGUUCAGAUUGGCCAGUAUGCAUGGGUCAGGUGCAGACCCGGUGCCCAUUCUGCAAACUGCAUUGAAGAACGAGGAAUUCGUUUCAUGAUUCCUGAGGGACAUGCUAACAUGAUCCUUCCUCCCAUGGCUGAUCCAACGCUAAUGAAGAAAUUUCAAGAACACCCUGAUACUUUCCUAGUUUCUGAAGAUGAAUAUGGAUCAGGAAAUGAAAUCGAACCAGAAUAUGGCUCAGGCAUUGAGUCUGACAUGGAUGCUUCCAUUAUUUCUGACCAGAUCCAACCAGACCCAAAUCUGAAGCUUAAACUAAAAAAUGAAGCUCUAUUUCUCAAAGAUAACAGACUGUGAUCUCUGUUAUGGCAAUUGUGAUCUUAUUUCUUGCAAGGCUUUUGUCUUUUAGGAUUAAGUGAAAUUACAUCCAGUAAAAAAUGUUAUAAAAACAAUCAAACAAAUCAUAAACGCUUUACAUUUUUAGUGCUUUCCUUUGGUAUAAAAUGUGUUGAACGGAAUUUGAGAUUUUUUAAUUGUGGGAAAACAGAAUUUGAAAGAAUCAGCCAUUUGUUCAAAUAGCAGUUAAAUUAGGAAAAAGAAACAACUUAAUUUUUUAAAAAAUCAUUCAGUUCAUUUUACUUGGCUAUUAACUUAAGGGUGGCUCACCUUUUUUUGCAUCGUCCAAGGCAAAUCCAGAAGAGUGUGCCUAUAACACUUGCAGGAUUCUGGAGUAUUUGGGGGCAUAUUCUUCGUUUGCAGUGAAAAAGUCCAGAAUUCUACAGUGCCUCAAGUUUGGUAGGCAUCCCUUAAGUUAUGUCACCCUAGGCAGUUUCCUAGUCUGUAUAUUUUUCACAGUAAUACACAAAUAAGAGUGUUUGAAGUGUUUGUAUUCAUUUUUAAAAAACUGAUAUUCUAAGCAGUGAUGGACAAAUCUGUCAAUGUCUGUUUCUCAUUUUUCCUGUCUUGAAUUGAGUUCACCACAUUUGCAGUUAAGAAAGGCCUGACAGAAAUUAGUAUACAUUUCUCCUAUUGUGGUAUAAACAUUUUUUACAUAUAUACACUUAUAAACAUAUAUAUAAACAUAUAUACACUUUUCUAUGCAAUUUUACCUAAUAUACCCAUUUUUGCACUAAUUUCCCCUAAUAUAAUGCUAUUUUCACUAUUGUAUACAUUUUAGGCACACUUUCCCUGAUUUACACAUUUUAAACAUAUUUUUAGAACUGCAUCAAAAAUCCAUAGAAGUUAAAUUUCAAAGGGUAGCUCUGUUUCGAUUUGUGUAUGGUUUCAGAAAUGCAAAUUAAAAUGCAAACUGAACAAAAUUUCUCCCUCAUCCCUCAUUCCAGGUUACAAAAUAGUUAUACUCACGUUCUACCCUUCUGGAAUUUGUUAUUUGCAAUCUGAGGGACAAUACUGCUUUAAUUGCCCAAAUAUCUUGAACUGUUUCAACUAUAUCACAACUUGGCCUUGUGUUUGCAAAUCUGCAUAUCCUGAAUCUUUUAUUCAUCUUAAAAGCAGGGACCGCACUUGUUUUAUAGUACUUUAAGCCGCUGAAAAGACUUUCCCCUGAUACCUGCAUUUAUUCAGAAUAAUUCUAUUAAAAUAUAGAUGCAACUAAAGACUUUUUUAUUUCUU